UCAACUAACGAUAUGUGUCAAACAUGACUCACCUCUGGGAUGUUUGAUUAAUGCUUCUGGUCUGCAAUCAAAUGAUCAGAACAGACUGCGCGGGAAACACAACGAGAGGCAGGCUAAGGCUGGUCAAGAAGAAAAAUGUGACAACACAACAAUCCUUAGCUUGCUGCAAGUAACCCAAAAUGACACGAAGGCGUAGCGACUUGGAACGCUCCAUGACAGAGUUGGAAAUCCAAAUGAGACGAGGAAAUCCAGAGAAAUGUAUCCUGCUUUCCCACAGUGCUCCAUCAGUGCAGAUGUUUUAUGCACUGAGAAUGAGACUUGAGUCGAGCAGCGAGGUAUGGCUACAAGAAUUUCUGGACUUAGAUGGUCUACAAAGUCUACUGACCUCCCUCUGUCAGAUGACUGGUCGAGGUUUCACAAGUUUUUCCGAUGCCAUCUUCCAGCUUGACUGUAUAUCAUGUAUCCGGAAUAUAUUGAAUACCCAUGUAGGAUUGGAUUUCAUGAUAAAAAAUGAUGGGUACACCUCCAAGUUAGCCCUAGCUUUGAACAUUAGUAACACCUUACCCAAGAAACAGAUCUUUGAGAUGAUGUCGGCCAUCUGUGUCUACAGUAACCUUGGUUACGAGGCUGUCCUCUCCGCACUUGGCUACUUUCAGAAAGAAAUGGACCAGACUCAUCGAUUUAGCGUUGUGAUCCAUGAACUCAAGUCAGCAGAGACUGUGUCCUACAAGACGGCCAUACUGACUUUUGUCAACACUAUCCUAAACUGUACCCCGGACAUGGUGGAACGCAAUCGUCUCAGGAACGAGUUUGUUGGGCUGAAUUUUCUUGAUGUCCUGACGUUUCUGAGAAAAGAGGAAGCUGAUGAUGACCUUCACCUUCAACUUCAGGUAUUCCAUGAAAAGAAGCAUGCGGACGAGGAAGCAUUGUGUCAGGAUAACUUUGUAGACUUUAACAGUCCGGAGGACUUGGUGGAUCUGAUACAGAGCAAGAUAUUUGGAACUCCAAAAAUGGUUUCCUUUGUGAAUAUUCUGCAAGAUCUUCUGGCAAUAGACAGUGUCUAUAACAAAAACAGCACAAAGCUUUGGAAAAACAUAGACAAUCUGGUCCACCAAGCUAUUCACACCUGUGGCUACGACGAAGUCCAAUCAUGUUCCAAGAAUGACAAACUGGCCCUUGACCUUCUACCAGACGACUGUGACCUUGGCCUACAGUACAUAACCAACUAUCAACUGCAGUCAGAUUUUAUGCCAAAGGCAGGGUCGAUGACGAAGUCAACUGAUAUCAAGGGUAUGUCACAGUUAACCUCGUCAAGUCACCUAUCGCCGAACCAAGACCUCAACAAGUGUGAAAACGAUACUGGCGUCGAGUUGACUAACAGUAGUGAUGAAAGGUCAAAGGUCGCAUAUAGAAAUAAUAUGCUGGAAUCACUGGACCUUAGCCAUUAUGAUAACGUAUUUCUUGGUGAGAAGGAGUUGAGUCUCGGUGUAGAUACACCUACCAACAAGUCGGCCCUACAGCGCAGGUACCAAAUCAAGAAAGCACCGACUCCUCAGCCUCGCAAGACGUUAAAACACUUCUCCUGGCUCAGACUCAGAGACAAUACUGUUGACCAACAUAAGGACAGUGUAUGGAUGCCAUCUGGUGGGAAUCCGAGACUGUCUCCGGACUUUGAUGAGUUGGAGCGACACUUCCAUGUACAAGUGGGAAAGGAUGGUGAUAUGAAUGAGGUGAUCAUACUGAGCCCACAGACUCGGAGAAACUUGAACUUGUUUCUGGGUCGGAUGGAGAUCAGUGCUGAGGAAUUGAUACAGAGCCUGGAAACAGGGAACUCUGUAGUCGUCAAUCUGCCAACCCUCCGGUACCUCCUUCAAGUGCUACCCCAACCCCAGGAGAUUGCCACUCUACAGUGCUUUGACGGUCAGAGACAUGACCUUGGAAUGCCAGAACAGUUUGUGCUUCUUCUGGCGGAUAUUCCCGACUACGAAAUCCUCAUACAGGGACACCUUACCAAGGCAGAGUACACUUCUAGCCUCCAGAAACUGAAGAGCUCACUUAAUGUGAUGAUAAUGAUGUGUAAAAAGAUCAUGCAGAAUGGGGACCUCAAAGAGUUUAUGCACUUUGUCCUACAAAUUGGUAAUUUCCUGAACCACGGAUGUCUUCAUGGAGAUGCCAUGGGAUUUAAGAUGUCCAGUUUGGAACGCCUAAUUGACGUCAAGUCUUCCGUGCCCAAUCGAUCCCUGCUCCACCAUGUCAUCAAGAUGGCCGAGGAAAAGGACAAGGCCAUGCUGCAGUUUAUUGAUGACCUGCUCCCUCUGGAAAAGGCUGUCAGUUCCUCACUGUUUGACAUGAAGGGGGAGAUCUCUAAGUUUAACAAACAACUGUGUUCCUUUGUCCAACUUCUGGCAUAUGGCGACUACCGCAUGAAGGCCAGAUUCCAUACUUUUAUUGAGGAAGUGAAAGAGGAGCUAAGAGACAUACAAACAUCCACUAACACCCUGCGGGAGUCCACACAACACCUGGCCCACUAUCUGUGUGAGGAUCUUGGCCAGUUUGAGCUGGAGUCUACACUCAAGUGUCUACAUGCAUUCUGUAGACAGGUCAAGAAAUGUCAAAAGGAAAAUGAAUGUUUACAUAAACAGAACCAGUUGGCUAGAAAGAAAGCCGACCUGAAAUCCAUGACAAAGAACAGAUUGCUUUCCUUGGAGUUUGGUAAAGAUGCAGGUGCGAGCUCUUCUAUGAUGGAGGACAGAAACAAAAUCCUAGAGAAGAUACUGGAUGACCUUCACCGAGGUAAUUUCCGUCCAGCUGUGACACUAGAGGCUCACACUCCUGACAUGGACAUGGAUCCGAUGGAGUUCAGCGACAUCAGUUUUGUUGGUAGUCCCUUCCCGAUGCGACCUACCUGUGAGGCUAUGGACGAAGACUUCCUCACCCCCCCGCCCAGCAAGACCGUUGGACCGCGCACAAGCUCAGAGGCUGAUAUACUGGCAGAUGAUUCACAGCAGGACAUCACUAUAGAAUUCUCUAAAGACUGCAUUGAAAAUUACGACGAGGAACCCAAAAACUGGGUGGUACCAAAAACUGUGGCAAAUAGUUUGGAACCAUUCGCAGAUCGUCGUUUGGACAUGGUGAAAAAACAAACCAAGCAUCAGGGCCACAAUAGAAGCCGUAGUGAUCUGGCAAAUUCUAUUGUCACGACGGAAAAAUGGAUGCAGUAUGAAGAGUUACGACACCAGGAGUCGAUACAUGAAGACGUUGCAGCUCCGUUGGCCGAGCCUGAGAGUAUGUGUGCUAUCUCGACGCUAAAUCUUGAAAAUCAUGGAAGAUUUGUAGACAGAGAGGAUGUUAAACUAUUUGAGGAACAACAGAAGGAAAUGAAAGAAGAUAACGUUUGUUCUGUAGAAGAUGGGCCGAUUUUGAAGUUGCCACUGUCUGAACUUUUGCCCGACAUGAAAAGCUGUAUGGAUACUAAGGACAUGGAGGUAAAAAGACCAGAAAAGAGAUCAUCGGUUUCUAACUUUUUCAACAAAAUAUCUCGUGCAGUACUGAAACCCAAGAAUGUGUAUAAUACCCCAGGAUCUGCUGUGUCAUCUAAUACAAAGAGUCAGAAAGAGGGCUUCAGGAUGUUUGGGCGAAGGAAGACGACAUCGUCGUUGACAUCAGAAAACUAAAGAGAAUAUAGCAGUGGUUGAGCGUAUGUCACAACGGUUAUCGUCAGUCGACAAAAAGUUUGCUGUACAAGAGCUCCGGAAAAUUAAACACAACAAACUCAGAGCCUCAAAAGGAAAAUAAGUCUCAUGUUACAUGCAUUUAUAGAUGUUUUACAAACACAAUUUAAUAGACAUGUUUCCUAUCAAGUAAAGGGAGGUAACUCCUCCAGGGAUAAUCCCUCUCAGCAGAUCACUGUCACAUCUGUAUUCAGAAUAAUAAACUUGGAAUUCCUUGAAUACAAUUAUAACCUUGGUACGCUAUGGUGCAAUAUUUAAGUAUCUGGCUUAAAAUUGAAUAUCUUGAAUAUGCUUUAGUAGAAUAUUUUCCCAAAAUGGAUUUGUUUGCAAAAAUCUUCAGAGCUGUGCUUGCAUGAAAGCAGUCACAAUUAGUAAACAGAGUCCACAUUUGUGAUAGUUAAAUAUCUGAAGUGUGGACCUUACCCUACAGGUGCCUAUUAUUUUAUUAUGUGUGUAUUUUUAUUUAUUUUUUGUUGCAAUUUACAAGUGCUCACUUUCUCUUUCUAAAUUAAAUCUAGGACUAAGAUUGUCUUUGUAUGGUUUCAGAAAGCAUUUGCUCAGUAGAUGCAUUAUCUUGUUUGAUAUCUGUUACAUGUGUUCAAUCAGGUCUUAAGUGAAAUAUUGCUUGUUUGUCUCUAACCGAAGAACUAAGGAAAAAUCCUUUCUUAUCUUUUUUUUCCCACCAAAAUCAUUGGAAACAUAACCCAUCUAGUACAAUGUAGUGUAUGUAUUACCAUGCAUCAAAGUUCACAAAAUUGUAUCAAAUUAUUGUUUGAAAUUAAUUUAAUAUUUUUUAAAAAUAAUAUAAAAUAUUUUUCCUACCUACCAAGCAAACUUGAAAUCCUAAGCCAGUUUGAGAAACAAACAUUUAAUUAAAACUGGCCUGAUAUAUUUGUUCAACAUGUCUUUUGCAGGUGUUUCUGUAAAGACAUACACCAUAAUGUGUUCAGUGUAGUAACACAGGGACUUAGCACAAGGGAAUUUGUGACAAGUCCCUGUGCGUAGUAAGUAGAUAAAGUGUAUAUAGGGCUUACAUUGCGUGGUAAUUUUUACUAUCGCUAGUGAUCAUCUAGUCAUUUUUUUGCCAUAAUGUUUUCUAAAAAUGUCUCUGAAAAAAAAAGUUAAAAAAUAAAAAUCUUUGAAUUAUUAUCACCAUUGUUAAAAUAUUUGAUAACUCUUAUAAGUUUUCUUUUUCAAAAAUGUAAAUGGGAAACAUCUAUUUAUAUCUAUGUUCAUUAAAAAAGGAAAUCAGGUUACUGCGAAACCAAUCAAAUCGCCAAUCUGGAUCAUAUCGGUUCUGGCUUAGAUGAGAAUCAAAGUACACUUAAAUUUCCUGGCAUAAAUUUUGUUUUACAUAUUUUUCCUCAUUGAGUAAUGUUAACGUUAUAUAGAAGUUACAAGUUUUAAAAUGAAAUAUUUUAAGAUAGUUAGACAUGGAAUCAAAAUGAUUUUUGUAUGCACAGUUGUUAUCUAAUGGUUGUGACAGUCACCAACGUUUAGGUGCAUUUUUUUUUUUGGCGUUGUAGUCAGUCAGUGCACAUGUACAUAACUGUAAUUAUAUUUGUUAGUAUUGUAUUUAUCCAGAAAUAAGCCCAUGUCUGGUAAUAAGCCCAUGCCUGGUAUAAAAAAUAGACAUGUCCAUGCCUGGAAAUAAGCCAAGCCGUGUUAAAUUGCUAGCAUUGUCCUGUAAUAAGGCAACUCUGCUUUAAAUCAAAAUAUGUGUGUUUGUCCCCUUGGCUAACUACAGAAUAAUUAUGGUAUGUCUAAAUUUAUGUGUUUGUCUCCUGGAUUUACUUAAAGAUAAAUACAGUAUGUCUAAGUUUGUGUGUUUGUCCUCUGGGCUUACAGUAUGGUCUAAGUUUAUCUUGGCUUACUAAGGAUAAAUACGGUAUUGUCUGAGUUUGUCUCGGCUCACUAUAGGAUAAAUACAGUAAAGUCUAAGUUUAUCUGGGUUAACUACAGGAUAAAUAUGGUAAAGUCUACUACAAUAAGUUUAUCUGGGUUAACUACAGGAUAACUACAGUAUAGUCUAAGUUUAUCUGUUUGUCUCCUGGGCUAACUACAGGAUAAAUACGGUAUAGUCUAAGUAUAUCUGGGCUUACUACAGGAUAAAUAUGGUAUAGUCUAAGUUUAUCUGGGCUUACUACAGGAUAAAUAUGGUAUAGUCUAAGUAUAUCUGGGCUUACUACAGGAUGAAUACGGUAUAUUCUAAGUUUAUCUGGGCUUACUAUAGGAUAAAUACGAUUUAGUCUAAGUUUAUCUGGGCUUACUAUAGGAUAAAUACGGUAUAUUCUAAGUUUAUCUGGGCUUACUAUAGGAUAAAUACGGUAUAUUCUAAGUUUAUCUGGGCUUACUACAGGAUAAAUAUGGUAUAGUCUAAGUAUAUCUGGGCUUACUACAGGAUGAAUACGGUAUAUUCUAAGUUUAUCUGGGCUUACUACAGGAUAAAUAUGGUAUAGUCUAAGUAUAUCUGGGCUUACUACAGGAUAAAUACGGUAAGUCUAAGUUUAUCUGGGUUAACUACAGGAUAAAUAUGGUAUAGUCUAAGUAUAUCUGGGCUAACUACAGGAUAAAUACGGUAUAGUCUAAGUUUAUCUGUUUGUCUCCUGGGCUUACUACAGGAUACAUAUGGUAUAGUCUAAGUUUAUCUGGGGGCACUACAGGAUAAAUACGGUAUAGUCUUAAGUUUAUCUGGGCUUACUACAGGAUAAAUACGGUAUAGUCUAAGUUUAUCUGGGCUUACUACAUGAUAAAUACGGUAAGGCUAAGUUUCUGUUUGUCUCCUGGGCUUACUACAGGAUAAAUACGGUAUAGUCUUAAGUUUAUCUGGGCUUACUACAGGAUAAAUACGGUAUAGUCUAAGUAUAUCUGGGCUUACUAUAGGAUAAAUACGAUAAGGCUAAGUUUAUCUGUUUGUCUCCUGGGCUUACUACAGGAUACAUACAGUAUAGUCUAAGUAUAUCUGGGCUUACUACAGGAUAAAUACGGUAAGUCUAAGUAUAUCUGGGCUUACUACAGGAUAAAUAUGGUAUAGUCUAAGUAUAUCUGGGCUUACUACAGGAUAAAUACGGUAUAGUCUAAGUUUAUCUGGGCUUACUACAGGAUAAAUACGGUAAGGCUAAGUAUAUCUGGGCUUACUACAGGAUAAAUACGAUUUAGUCUAAGUUUAUCUGGGCUUACUAUAGGAUAAAUACGGUAUAUUCUAAGUUUAUCUGGGUUUACUACAGGAUAAAUACAGUAUGGUCUAAGUUUAUCUGGGCUUACUACAGGAUAAAUACGGUAUAGUCUAAGUAUAUCUGGGCUUACUACAGGAUAAAUACGAUUUAGUCUAAGUAUAUCUGGGCUUACUACAGGAUAAAUACGGUAUAGUCUAAGUAUAUCUGUUUGUCUCCUGGCUUACUACAGGAUAAAUACAGUAUUAGCUUUGGAGUGGUUUGUUUUACAUGAUAGUCUUUCACACACUAUAGGUGCUUUCACUGACCUUUGUUUUCUGUGUUGUAGUUUUUGUACAGAAUGUGAUAAUUAUUGUAUACUGUAUUACCGCCAUCACAUUCCAAUCACUUGUCCAUUUCCAUUUAUAUAUUUAAAAAUAUUGGUUCUGAUAACCCAGCCACCCCAUCAAUAUUUGUUUAAUUCUUGAUAAUUUUUUUUUCUUUUAUAAAAAUCUUCUGAUCAUGUGACAAUUUCUAUCUUUAAUUGAUAACAAGAUGGAAUAUGGAUUCAUUUAAAAACAAUGUGCAUUUUUUUUCCUCAGUGCGGAUUUAAGUUCAUGGAAAUUUUUAGAGCUGUCCUUUUAGAUAAAGAAUAAUAAUGGGAGGAGAAGAGUGUUUUUUAUUAGUAGGACAUGAAUUAUCAGACUUGAAAUGCUAGAUUAAGAACAUGAAGAAAGAGAAAAAAAGAAAGAAAAGGAAAAAGCUAUUUGUAGAUGAUGGUUGCUUAUGAAAUAGUGCCUUGGGAUACACAUUUUGCUAAUGACUUUUUGUAGCUAAGAUAAUUUAAUCAUUUCAGUUAAAAUUUCUUAUCAGUUAAAGUUGCUUAAUGAAUUGGAUUUGAUCAUCUGAAAAAAAUACAUAGACUACAGAAUUUGAAUUCUCGUUGAUUUGUUAGUAAGAUGGUUUCAACAGAAUUCCACAAGUUGAUUCUAUUUUUGAAUUUUCACUCCUAGCCUGCUACACUAAGAAGGGUACCCGAUCAAAUUUUAUCUAGAGUUAAUUGGGAAAUUUUCAUUUUGGGUAAAUUUAUUUUUAAGAAAUUUGCAUGCUGGCAUAAAUUGGUAACUUCUUUUUAUAUAGAUUGAUAAAGCAAGAAUUACAGAAUGAUAAAGAUUAAAACAAUGCAAAAUAAAAAGGGAGACAACUUCUCCAGAUUGGUAAAUAUACAGUAUAUAGACUUAGGUUUCAGCACAUUUUCUUGCCAUGUAGUUUUGACACCUCAUCCCUUUUUCUGUUCAGUUUCACUCAUACUGCUAUUUUCAUUAUUUCAUUUAAUAUCUGUUUUGUUUUGUGCAAUUUUGUGUGUCAUUUUGGUGAUAUAGAGGUUGUGAUAUAUAUUUACUUUGUGAAAUGUUUGUUGUCUGAACACAUAAAAUACAUAAUGCAGAAUUUUUAUUAGUAAGCUAACAAUUCACUUAGGUUUUCUCUAGAUACCUGUGUCAUUGUGUAGGAUUUUUAUGAGGGUUUAAAAUGAAAUUUUCAGUUAGGAUGAGGAAUCUCCAUCAUCAGAGAAUAUUAUUCAGUCGACAAAGACUCAACGUACCCAUUUCACCACAAAAGGGAUGAAAGAUUCACAUAGUAUACAUCAUGAUGUAUGAUAUAUAAUUACCCUAAAAUUUCUUAAAAAAGUAAAACUAUUUAUAGUGUAGAAGGACGUUUUUUGAUUAAAGAUUUUUGAAAUUCAGGGUAUUUCACUAAAAAUUUUGAUUCCAUUGUGAUAUUUUGGAGGUAAUUUUUAGAAGCUGAUGUAUUUGGUAAGAAAAAAUUACGUCAUUUUCAAAACUUUUUUUUUUAAGUUCAUGUUUACAAGAAAUCAUAUUACACUAUACACUAUAUAAUGAAAAACUGACGUAGUAUUGUAUAAUUAGGUGUAUUGUAUGGUCCCUUUGUUCUGUGUUGGUAUUGUCUUUAUAAGAACUAUUCAUUGUUCGACAUGCUUACUAUUGUAUUAGGAAUCAUGAUUAUUUCACAAUUCAACAGUAUUAAUUUUGUUGUUAAUAGAUCAAUUUUUCUUGUCGGAUUGAUUUUUUUGAACUUUUAUUGUAAAACGUUUUUGUGCAUUUUCUAAAUCGGCAGAAAAAUGGCAGCAAAUAACGUGUCUCGGUAUAACUUUUCUCAAUAUAAUCAAAUGUGUCUCGUAUAUGAUUUUUUGAUGAAUGCUGUACAUUUGUUGGAAAAAUACAUUUUAGUAGAUGUUGACAGAAAAUCAAAAAAAUGUUGUAUAACAUUUCUAUAUACACUGUAAUUGCGUUAUAUGCCAUUACUGAAAUAAUUACUUUUAUAUACAAUUUUUAAACACAUUAAACCUACCAAUGUAUUUAUACAUAUAUAAGUGUGAUACCUAUAUAAUAAUACAUUAA